AUGAGUACGGACGCGGAGAUGGCCAUUUAUGGCAAGGCUGCCAUUUUCCUUCGUAAGCCUGAGAAGGAGAGAAUCGAGGCUCAGAACAAACAACUCGAUGCUAAGAGUGCCUGCUAUGUGGUUGAUACUAAAGAGCUGUAUGUCAAGGGAACAAUCAAGAGCAAAGACGGUGGCAAAGUCACUGUUACUGUGAAUGACACUAAGGAGGAGAAAGUUGUUAAAGAGGAUGAAGUCCACCCAAUGAAUCCUCCCAAGUUUGACAAGAUUGAGGACAUGGCCAUGAUGACCCAUCUCAAUGAACCCUCUGUGCUGUAUAACCUCAAAGAGCGUUAUGCCGCAUGGAUGAUCUACACCUACUCUGGACUGUUCUGCGCUACUGUGAACCCCUACAAGUGGCUCCCAGUGUAUGAUGCAGAAGUGGUGGCUGCCUACAGAGGCAAAAAGCGUAUGGAGGCCCCACCUCACAUCUUCUCUGUCUCUGACAACGCCUAUCAAUUCAUGCUGACUGAUAGAGAAAACCAGUCUGUCCUGAUUACAUAUGAGGAGCAGGCUGAGCCUGAUGGCACAGAGGAGGCUGACAAAAUCGCCUACCUUCUGGGUUUGAACUCUGCUGAUAUGCUGAAGGCUUUGUGCUACCCCAGAGUCAAGGUCGGAAAUGAGUUUGUGACCAAAGGCCAGACCGUGCCACAGGUGUACAACUCUGUAAGCGCCUUGUCCAGAUCUAUCUAUGAGAGGAUGUUCUUGUGGAUGGUCAUUCGUAUCAACCAGAUGUUGGACACAAAACAACAAAGAAAUUUCUUCAUUGGUGUGCUGGAUAUUGCUGGCUUUGAGAUCUUUGAUUUCAACAGCAUGGAGCAGCUGUGCAUCAACUUCACUAAUGAGAAACUGCAACAGUUUUUCAACCACCACAUGUUUGUGUUGGAACAAGAGGAGUACAAGACGGAGGGCAUUGUUUGGGAGUUCAUUGACUUCGGCAUGGACUUGGCUGCUUGCAUUGAGCUCAUUGAGAAGCCCAUGGGUAUCUUCUCCAUCCUUGAAGAGGAGUGCAUGUUCCCCAAGGCUACAGACACUUCCUUCAAGAACAAGCUGUAUGAUCAGCAUCUUGGCAAGUGCAAUGCUUUCCAGAAACCAAAGCCUGCCAAAGGCAAGGCUGAGGCCCACUUCUCGCUGGUCCAUUAUGCUGGAACUGUGGACUACAACAAUUCUGGCUGGUUGGACAAGAACAAGGAUCCACUGAAUGAGUCUGUUUUGCAGCUUUACCAGAAGUCUUCUGUCAAACUACUGGCUACAAUCUACCCACCUGUUGUUGAAGAGACCGGUGGCAAGAAGGGAGGCAAGAAGAAGGGUGGUUCCAUGCAGACUGUGUCCUCCCAGUUCAGGGAGAACUUGGGCAAGCUCAUGACCAACUUGAGGAGCACUCACCCUCACUUUGUGCGUUGUCUUAUUCCCAAUGAGUCCAAGACUCCAGGUCUGAUGGAGAACUUCCUGGUUAUCCACCAGCUGAGGUGUAAUGGUGUGCUGGAGGGCAUCAGAAUCUGCAGAAAGGGCUUCCCCAGCAGAAUUCUCUAUGCUGACUUCAAGCAGAGAUACAAGGUUCUGAAUGCCAGUGUAAUCCCAGAGGGGCAGUUUAUUGACAACAAGAAGGCCUGUGAGAAACUCCUAGGAUCCAUCGAUGUUGAUCAUGACCAGUACAGAUUUGGACACACAAAGGUGUUCUUCAAAGCUGGUCUUCUGGGUACUCUUGAGGAGAUGCGUGAUGAGAAACUGGCUGCUCUGGUCACAAUGACUCAGGCUCUUUGCCGUGGUUACGUGAUGAGGAGGGAGUUUGUGAAGAUGAUGGAGAGGAGGGAGUCCAUUUACACCAUCCAAUACAACAUUCGCUCAUUCAUGAAUGUCAAACACUGGCCAUGGAUGAAAGUUUAUUACAAGAUUAAGCCUCUGCUGAAGAGUGCUGAGACUGAGAAGGAGCUGGCAACCAUGAAAGAGGACUUUGCAAAAUGCAAAGAAGAUCUUGCCAAGGCUGAAGCCAAAAAGAAGGAGCUUGAAGAGAAGAUGGUGGCACUGCUGCAAGAGAAAAAUUAUCUGCAGCUGCAAGUGGCUUCUGAAGCUGAGAAUCUCUCAGAUGCUGAGGAGAGGUGUGAGGGUCUGAUUAAAAGCAAAAUCCAGCUUGAAGCUAAACUCAAAGAGACAACUGAGAGACUGGAGGAUGAAGAAGAAAUCAAUGCUGAACUGACAGCCAAGAAGAGAAAACUGGAGGAUGAGUGCUCUGAGCUGAAGAAAGACAUUGAUGACCUGGAGCUCACUUUGGCUAAAGUGGAAAAGGAGAAACACGCCACUGAGAAUAAGGUCAAGAACUUGACUGAGGAAAUGGCAGCUCAGGAUGAGAGCCUUGCCAAACUUACAAAGGAGAAGAAAGCUCUCCAAGAGGCACAUCAGCAGACCCUGGAUGAUCUUCAGGCAGAGGAGGACAAAGUCAACACCCUGACCAAAUCCAAGACAAAACUUGAGCAGCAAGUUGAUGAUCUUGAGGGUUCCCUUGAACAAGAGAAGAAGCUCCGCAUGGAUCUUGAGAGAGCCAAGAGAAAGCUUGAAGGAGACCUGAAAUUAGCACAAGAGUCCAUCAUGGACCUGGAGAAUGACAAACAGCAAACUGAGGAGAAAAUUAAAAAGAAAGACUUUGAAACAAGCCAGCUGCUCAGCAAGAUUGAAGGUGAACAAUCUCUGGGUGCUCAACUCCAGAAGAAGAUCAAGGAGCUUCAGGCUCGCAUUGAGGAACUGGAGGAAGAGAUUGAGGCUGAGCGUGCUGCUCGUGCCAAGGUUGAGAAGCAGAGAGCUGAUCUCUCCAGGGAACUUGAGGAGAUCAGUGAGAGGCUUGAGGAGGCUGGAGGAGCCACUGCUGCUCAGAUCGAAAUGAAUAAGAAGCGUGAAGCUGAAUUCCAGAAGCUCCGUCGUGAGUCCACCCUCCAGCAUGAAGCUACUGCUGCAGCCCUCCGUAAGAAGCAGGCAGACAGUGUGGCCGAGCUGGGAGAGCAAAUCGACAACCUCCAGCGCGUCAAGCAGAAGCUUGAGAAAGAGAAGAGUGAAUACAAAAUGGAGAUUGAUGAUCUCUCUAGCAACAUGGAGGCUGUUGCCAAAGCAAAGGCCAAUCUUGAGAAGAUGUGCCGCACCCUCGAGGACCAACUUAGCGAAAUUAAGUCCAAGAAUGAUGAGAACAUUCGCCAGAUAAAUGACCUCAGUGCUCAAAGAGCAAGACUUCAAACUGAAAAUGGUGAGUUUGGCCGUCAGCUGGAGGACUUGAAGAGUCCAAGUACGAAGAUUACGAAGAAGCUGACUCAGCGUCUGCAAGAGGCAGAGGAACAAAUUGAGGCUGUGAACUCCAAAUGUGCAUCUCUGGAGAAGACCAAACAGAGACUCCAGGGUGAGGUGGAGGACCUCAUGAUUGAUGUGGAGAGAGCCAAUGCUUUGGCUGCCAACCCUGACAAGAAGCAGAGGAAUUUUGACAAGGUCCUGGCAGAAGGGAAGCAGAAAUAUGAGGAAGGUCAGGCAGAGCUGGAAGGUGCCCAGAAAGAGGCUCGUUCACUCAGCACUGAGCUGUUCAAGAUGAAGAACUCCUAUGAGGAGACUCUGGGUCAGCUGGAGACCCUCAAGAGAGAGAACAAGAAUCUGCAGCAGGAGAUUUCAGAUCUGACAGAGCAGUUAGGUGAGACUGGUAAGAGCAUCCAUGAGCUGGAAAAGGCCAAGAAGGCAUUGGAGACUGAGAAGGCAGAGAUGCAGACCGCACUGGAGGAGGCUGAAGGCACUCUGGAGCAUGAAGAGUCCAAAAUUCUCCGUGUCCAGCUUGAGCUAAAUCAGGUCAAAGGUGAGAUUGACAGGAAGCUUGCAGAGAAGGAUGAGGAGAUGGAGCAGAUCAAGAGGAACAGCCAGAGAGUCACUGAAUCCAUGCAGAGCACUCUGGACUCUGAGGUCAGGAGCAGGAACGAUGCCCUGAGAAUCAAGAAGAAGAUGGAGGGAGACCUUAAUGAGAUGGAGAUUCAGCUGAGCCACGCCAAUCGCCAGGCUGCUGAGGCCCAGAAACAGCUCAGGAACGUUCAGGGACAACUCAAGGACGCCCAACUGCACCUUGAUGAUGCUCUGAGAGGACAGGAAGACAUGAAGGAGCAGGUGACCAUGGUGGAGCGCAGAAACACUCUGAUGCAAGCUGAGAUUGAGGAGCUGAGAGCUGCUCUGGAGCAGACAGAGAGAGGCCGCAAAGUGGCUGAACAAGAGCUGGUGGACGCCAGUGAGCGUGUCGGGCUGCUGCACUCUCAGAACACAAGUCUCCUGAACACCAAGAAGAAGCUAGAGGCUGACCUUGUUCAGAUCCAGAGGGAAGUUGAAGACACUGUACAGGAAGCCAGAAAUGCAGAGGAGAAGGCCAAGAAGGCCAUCACUGAUGCUGCAAUGAUGGCAGAAGAGCUGAAGAAGGAGCAGGACACCAGUGCUCACCUUGAGAGGAUGAAGAAGAAUCUGGAGGUCACAGUGAAGGACCUGCAGCACCGUCUGGAUGAGGCUGAGAGUCUGGCCAUGAAGGGAGGAAAGAAACAACUCCAGAAACUGGAGAGUAGGGUCCGUGAGCUUGAGGCUGAAAUUGAAGCAGAACAGAGACGUGGAACUGAUGCUGUUAAGGGUGUCCGUAAAUAUGAGAGGAGAGUGAAAGAGCUGUCUUAUCAGACUGAAGAGGAUAAGAAGAACAUCAACAGACUUCAGGAUCUGGUUGAUAAGCUGCAGCUGAAGGUCAAAACCUACAAAAGGCAGGCUGAGGAGGCGGAGGAGCAAGCCAACGGUCAUCUGUCCAAGUUGAGGAAGGUGCAGCAUGAGCUGGAGGAGGCUGAGGAGCGUGCUGACAUUGCUGAGUCUCAAGUCAACAAGCUCAGAGUCAAGAGCCGUGAUGCUGGAAAGGCCAAAGAAGAGUGA